GCUUUAGCCUGUUAGCAGCACGCUGUUCUGCAGGAGGACGCUGCGUUUGUGCCCACUCUCCUCGCUCUUCUUCGGGUUCUCUCGUCUCUGCGCCGCCACUUCACGGAGCUCUCCUCCCGGACACGCCGCUGUCGGUCCCGCGGGACUCUGCAGGAAAAGACCAGUACAGGCCGAGCUUCGGAGGGUUUGCGGCGGUCAUCGGUGCGGCUGUGCGCGUGUGGAGGCGCGCAGAUGGCGGUCACUAUCGAGGAUCUGUACCGCAGCUACGGCGUGCUCGCGGACGCCAAGGACAACCUGAGCCAGCACAAAGAUGCAUACCAGGUGAUCCUAAACGGCGUGAAGGGUGGGCCUAAAGAGAAGCGUCUCGCAGCUCAGUUCAUCCCAAAAUUCUUCAGUCAGUUUCCAGAACUUUCAGAUGCCGCCAUCAACGCUCAGCUCGACCUGUGCGAGGAUGAAGAUGUGUCGAUCCGGAGACAGGCCAUAAAGGAGUUGCCGCGCUUCGCUACAGGAGAAAACAUCCCCAGAGUGGCAGACAUCUUAACACAGCUCCUACAGACAGAUGACUCUGCUGAAUUUAACCAGGUCAACGCAGCUCUGCUUUCCAUCUUCAAAGUCGAUGCAAAAGGCACUUUAGGUGGCCUGUUCACGCAGAUCCUUCAGGGAGAAGACAUUGUUCGUGAGCGAGCAAUAAAGUUCCUGUCGACCAAACUGAAGACUCUUCCAGAGGAUGUGAUGACGAAAGAGGUGGAGGAGUUUGUCUUCUCUGAGACCAAGAAGGUUCUGGAGGAUGUGACCGGAGAAGAGUUUGUCCUGCUCAUGCGAGUGGUCAGUGCUCUGCGCGUUCUUCAGACUGUGAACGGCCGACAGCAGUUAGUAGAGCUGGUGGUUGAGCAGGCGUUUCUAGAGCAGGCCCUGAACCCCUCUGACCCAGAUACAGUGGACCGACUAUUGCAGUGUACAAGACAGGCCCUACCACUCUUCUCUAAAAACGUUCACUCAACUCGCUUCGUAACGUACUUCUGUGAACACGUGCUGCCAAACCUGAGCGCCCUGACCAGCCCUGUGGCUGGCAUUGACAUUCAGCUCGAGGUGCUGAAGCUUCUGGCAGAGAUGAGUCCAUUCUGUGGAGAUAUGGAGAAACUGGAGGCCAACCUGCACACACUCUUCAACAAAUUGCUGGAGUUCAUGCCUCUGCCCCCUGCUGAGGAGUCUGAGGAUGGAGAGAACUCGAGCUCAGAUGAACCCAAACUACAGUUCAGCUCUGUGGAGUGUCUGCUCUACAGCUUCCACCAGCUUGGCAAGAAACUGCCCGACUUCCUGUUAGACAAAGUGGACCAGGAGAGGCUCAAGGACUUUAAAAUCAGGCUGCAAUACUUUGCACGCGGGUUGCAGGUUUACAUUCGUCAGCUGAGAGUGGCUCUGCAGGGGAAAACCGGAGAUGCGCUAAAAACAGAAGAGAAUAAAAUCAAAGUGGUCGCGCUGAAAAUCACAAACAACAUCAACGUCCUUAUUAAGGACCUGUUCCACAAUCCUCCGUCGUACAAGAGCUCAGUGACGCUGUCGUGGAAACCUGUUCAGAAAACAGAGGCUGCAGCCGCCACAGCUCCUAAACGCUCUGCACCAGAAGAGACCGGAGCUUCUGCAGUGAAGAAGUCUGCUCCUCCUGCUCCAAGACGAGAUGCCCGACAGAUCUACAAUCCUCCGAGCGGGAAGUACAGCGGCACCAUCGGGAACUUCACCUAUGAGCAGCGUGGAGGAUUCCGAGGCGGGCGGGGACGAGGCUUUGGGAACAGAGGAAACCGCAGCAGAGGGAGGAUGUACUGACCUUCACAAUAAGACUCUACAAACAGGAAGAAUGGACUGAAGCUUUCACAAUAAAACCCUCCCGGACUCACUUCCUGUCAUGCUUUUAACCACUUUUACGUGUCUGGUUUUAAAUAUGUCUCCUGCUCCUUGUCAUCCCUUAUUUUUUUUUACUUUUUGGUGAUUUUCGUGCCGAUAUUUUUCUGACGCUGUAGUGAAAAGAUGAAUGCUGUUUGUGUUUGAGUUUAUUUAAACCUUUUUUAAUUCAAAUUGGACGAGACUUUGUACAAAUCUAUGUCGCAUUGGAUUUUUAUCAUAAACUUGUACCGACUGUC